GAGGACCUUAUGGUGGUUGUCACUUAUCUUCGAUCAAAGGCAGAUUUGAAAACCAAGACAGGUGUAUUAGAAGGAAAGCGACAUGAUUAUUUCAAAGGAAAAGCAGCGGUCAAAGCUCUUCUUUCUCCCUCAUAUGCCAAGGUCCAUCCAUCAACUUUACCAAAAGUGACCGACGAGAAUACAGCAAGUCAAUUAUUACAUUCGAUCGUACCCUAUGCAUUCUUUCUAAGAGUCGAAAGAUCCAACCAAUCUAUAGCAGGAGCCAAGAUCCUACAAAUCAAUCCUGCACAACUCUUUAAUCAAGAAGAAUAUUAUGCAUGGCUUUAUAAUGGAAACCAAUUAGCUGUCAUUGCAGGUGCAGCCUUGAUGGUGCUUGUGAUCCUUGCUGGAGUGAUGUUUCCACUUUGGCCUAUGAGUUUGAGGAUCGGGGUUUGGUAUCUUUCGAUUGCUGCUUUGGGAUUAGUCGGAUUGUUUUUCUUGAUUGCGAUUGUUAGAUUGAUCCUUUAUGUGAUCACGUAUUUUGCUGCUGCUCCUGGGAUUUGGUUGUUUCCUAACUUGUUUGAAGAUGUUGGAUUUGUUGAUUCGUUUAUUCCUUUAUGGGGUUGGGAUAUCCCACCACCUAAAAAG